GCGUCUGAUGAUCUUCACGUUCGGAUGACGAUUGCGCUGCGAAAAGUUUAUUAUUCCAUUUUUGAAUUUUAUUUUUCGUCUUAAAAUUUAAUUCUUCUGAUUAAUGUUUUUUAAAGUUUCCCAAUAUUUUCGUGUAAAAACUACGUUAAGGACUUUUUCUUCAUACAAUGGAUUCUUUUGAAAGGAUGACGGCAAUACGAGAAUAUCCUUUGGACUUUAGCGAUAUAAGAAACACAGAGCCAUACCAACCACCAGAUAUCACCAUGGUGAAACCCAAGCAAUCAGAUUCAAACCUGCAUUCUAUUCUCACCAGCGCUGAAAGAAAAGCCUCUAAUUGUAGCAGAAAAACUUCGAGCGAGAGAAAAGUUUCAAUUAUGGCUGGAGACCCAAAUAAGGACAGUAAGGUGCAUGAGACUGAAAGAAAUGGCCGAGUAUCAACACACCAAGCGGAGGGACCAUCUCGACGGAAGAGCAACCUUCAUAAUGCAUUGGCUGCAGAGAUAGAUGGAUCGUGGGAUCGCCAACACCACAUAGAGGGACGGUUUAAAAAAUACUCAACAACUUCUACUAUUUACUCUAAGAAAACUCAACAAAGUGAGCAUGUAGAAAGAUCAUGGUGGUAUGCAUGUUGUCAGAAAUGCCAUCAAGAAGAUGUUGGUAUACCGUCCUGGGAGCCUCCGAAUUGGCAGAAAGUGUGCCCUCGUCCAUUCUGUCCCUCUUUUCGUAAAGUUGCUAGAUUAGUAACUUUGUGUACUAUAGGUCUCUUAUUCUGGUUAACACUAUGGCUCGUCAUGGGAAUACCAGCAGGUCCUGGAGGGCAGUUAUUCACCCUAGCUAUCCUUACAUUAGCAGCCCAUUUAGGUGGAUGGGCAUUACAGAAAACGACGACAUUACCCGCUCUCAUAGGAAUGUUGAUAAUGGGAGUUAUAAUGAAGAACGUUGGAUUUGUUCAUUUCGAUAAAGAUUAUCAACUUGUGGUUUCUUAUAUCAGAAAAAUUGCUCUAACGAUUCUUCUAAUUAGAGCUGGAAUGGAUUUAGACCCUCAUGCCUUGAGAAAACACUUCCUUACUGUGAUAAAACUUUCUUUACUCCCUUGGACAUUUGAGUUUGUACUUUGUGCUGUGAUGGUAUUUUAUUUCAUCGAUUUGCCUUGGGAUUGGGCGUUUCUACUAGGUUCAAUAGUAGCUGCAGUAUCACCAGCUGUAAUAGUACCCUGUCUAAUGCGACUACGUCGAAAAGGUUACGGAGUAUCAAAAGGAAUACCCACAUUGGUCCUGGCGGUUUCUGGAAUUGAUGACGCAGCCAGCGUAGCUGUUUUUGGAAUACUGAUUUCUGUGAUUUUUCCGAGUAAUUCCCUUACUAUGACAAUUGUAUCGGGUCCACUGAGUGUUGUCAUUGGUAUAGCAUUUGGUUUGAUUUUGGGAUAUUUUGUAAAAUAUGUCCCUGAAAGAAAUGACGCCUUCUUGGUGCCGUUAAGAGUAUUGUUCCUUCUCUUUGGUGGCAUUGUUUCUAUGCUCGGCUUUGAAGAGAUCGGUUGGGGUGGAGCUGGUCCAUUAGCAGUGAUAACGUUCGCGUUUAUUGCUUGCAAGAACUGGUCUGAUCUCGGCUGGGAGCACGAGGACAAUCCAGCUGUUACAGCCUUUGAAAUCUUUUGGAUGUUCUUCGAACCUAUGCUGUUCUCGGUCACUGGAGCCCAAAUUGAUAUUCCAGCGUUGCCAGGUGACUUAGUGCUAAUUGGUAGUGGCAUUUUAGGCGCAUGUGCAAUUACACGAGCGAUACUCACCAGCGUCUGUGCAGUUCGGAGUAACCUAAACUUCAAGGAGAAAGUCUUCGUCGGUCUGGCUUGGAUGGCCAAGGCCACUGUUCAGGCCGCACUUGGACCAGUACCCCUUGACAGAGUUCACGAAAUGGCCCGACACAAUGAAACGGGAUAUGACGCAGAAACGAUGGCACGGUUCGUAAACUAUGCUGAAGUUGUUGUCACAAUAUGCAUCCUGUCCAUUGUAAUAACUGCUCCUAUUGGAGCUAUAGUGAUAACUAUCACUGGACCAAGACUGCUUUCUAGAACUACGAAGCCACCUAUUCUAGAAGACGGUCUCAAUCGAUUUAACAGCUGGCGUCGGUCCAACCGUCCUUCCCUCAGGGACAUCUCCAUAAUUGACGAGGAAGAAGUUGCCGAACGAGAUGUCGAAAAUUCAAGACCCGUGUCCCCCAUACCUUUAUCUAAAGAAGUUAGGGACGUAGUUAAUGGUGCUGCAAAAGAGGUAAAAGAAUGCCUCCCUAUCAUUGUUCAGCCUACUGGUAAUAAUAGCUGAUUUUUUAAUUAAUGAUAUUGUUAAAUAUGUACCUAUUUAUAUUAAACCUUUUAAGGAGAACCGCAAAGCGUUCCUAAAUAUUUUCUAAAAAUAUAAAAUUGUUACUUUGUUUUUUUUUCGCGUUUAUGUUAGUAUUCCCGAAGUUCUGAUUUACGUAUGAAAUCAGUUAAAUAAGAAAGCCACUGAACAAAAAAACGUAAAUCUAAUAAACAUUUCUUCUGAAGAUCAGACAUUCAAUAUUUGUUUAUUGAGAUUAAGAGUGAUACUGAAUAUCAUUGCCUAAUAUUACUCGCAUGGUCACCGUAACGUAGAACAAAAUUAGAAUUUUCAAAUUCUUUGUUAAGGAUAUAUACACUUAUAGAUAGAUACACUUGCCUACUUCAAACCAGUAAACUGGGGAGAUAUGACAAAAAUCUCAUGUUUGUUGUCAUUUUUAAAAAUUAGGAAACAGAUUCUUGCCGAAAGAAUGACGCACUGAAACAAAGGUAUUGUUACCCUAUCUAAAACUUGUCAAGGUAGCAAAAAAAUGCAGGUGAAUAGAUUGUGCCAUUGAAAAAAUAAAUCGGCGCUUGUUAUCGAAAGGAUUUUUUAAAGUAAAAAAGUAUAAUCUUCCACGAACGUCCACUGCAGAACAUAGGCAGAGGCCCAUAUCUAUCAGUGGACUCUUUCAUGAAUCGCCAUUUUAAGGGGUCCUUGGAUUUUGUCCAGGUACAAUACUAUAAUAAAGGUUGAACUACGCGCACACUGUAGACAAAAUAAAAUUUACUCUACUUUUGCUACUUUGUUUCUAUUCUCGCUUAUACUCAGCCUGCUGCUAAGCACCUUGAUAAGGUCAUCGGUUCACCUGGUAGCGAAACAAUCAACUGCAACAAAAAUUAGUGCUCGAUAAACAUCAAUUAAUCUUACUUAAUUUUUUCUUUCUCUAAUUUUUUUAUGUCUCUUUUAUAAAAAUGGUAUCAUAAACUUCCGUUUAAUAAAAACUGUUUCUUUGGUUUCUUGUGUUGCAAGUUAUUUGAGGUCAUAGCUCGGUAUAGCUAUUCUAAUUUUAAGGGACCACUUAACUAUUGUGAUAGAUACAUGCCUACUUAAUUUAAUAAAUAUUUAUGUGAACCUAUGUCUAUCAGUA